AUGGAUUACAAGAGCAAGCACCAGCAGGUCGGCCCUGGUGACCGUACCCUAACUGUCCCACGGCACGACGGCGACAAUGUACUUCCAAACCUACCGAUAUCUGACAGGUUGCUCCGCUUUGCGCAUCGACAGCCUCCGCGAGCUGCAAUCAGGGAUCUUAAUGCGGGGGUUGAGAAGACGUAUCUACAACUUAUUACCGAUGCACUCGCUCUUAGACGGGCGUUGAGAGAAAAUCUUAGUCCGACGACACAGAAGCAGCUGGACGAAGACCAGGAAGUAUUUAUUGCCCUGAUAGCACCUGGAGGAUAUGAAUAUGCAGUCGCCUUCAUAGCUAUCCUGACACUUGGUGCCGCUGUGGUCCCGAUAACAACGGCCCUUCCAGUCCAGGAAGCCAAAUCCCUUGUUCUACGAGCACAAUGCGUCGCAAUUAUAUCCUCGAACAAUGCGACAGCCCUCACCAAGGGCGUCGUCCAAGCAGUCGGAACGAACCUCCCCCACCUCACAAUCUCCCAACAUCUCCAGCCAACCCCCCUAAACGCGCACUCCAUAACAGUGUCAUCAAACCCUAUACCCAACAUGAACUCCGCCGCACUCGUAAUAUUCACCUCAGGCACAACCGGCCCACCCAAAGGCGCCGUCCAACGACGGAGCUACAUCCUCGGCGCAGCCGAAGACGUCGCAGACCAGUACCGUCUUACGGAAGCUGAUACAGUCCAGCAUCUCCUACCCGUUCACCAUGCAACAGGGAUCGGGCUGACCUUCCUCCCCUUCCUGCUCUCCGGUGCAUGCAUCGAGUUCCGCAGCGGGAGCUUCGAUCCGGCUUGGACGUGGGAGCGUUGGUCGAAGGGUGGAUUAAGCGUAUUCUCGGGGGUACCCACAAUCUAUACCAGAAUGAUGCGGUACUUUGAAUCCCAUAUCGCAAGGCUACCACCAGCCCAGCAGGAACCGUAUAUCCAGGGUGCUCGGAAACUACGGGUCUUACUCUGCGGGACGUCUGCGCUGCCUGGACCGGUUCAGCAAUUCUGGACGAGGAUUCUAGCUGGAAACCCGAUUCUCACGCGGUACGGAGGGACGGAGUUCCAUGCUGUGCUGAAGGCUGAUAUUGAUGGGUCGUCGCCGUUAAAUAGUGUGGGACGGGUGUCGCCGGGGGUUGAUCUGAAGUUGGAUCAAGAGGGGAUGGUUCUUGUUAAGGGGCCGCAUCUUUUUGCGAAAUAUCUUAAUGACCCCGCCGCAACAGCUGCAGCGCAUGACGCAGAAGGAUACUUCAUAACCGGCGACAUUGCGAGACGCGAAGGGCCGAACUAUUUCAUCCUCGGCAGGGCAUCGAUCGACAUUAUAAAGAGCGGCGGGUAUAAGCUGUCCGCAUUGGACAUCGAGCGGGAGAUCCUAGGGCUAGACUAUAUAGGGGAGGUCAUGGUGGUUGGUGUUGACGACGAGGAGUAUGGACAGCGAGUUGCCGCUGCUGUUACAUUGAAGGAUGGGAGAACGACAUUAUCGCUUGAGCAGUUGAGGGCGGAUUUGAGAGGGGUGCUUGCUGGGUAUAAGAUGCCGACUGUGCUGAGGGUGCUGGAGGGGGAGAUUCCGAAGAGUGGGACGGGGAAGGUGCAGAAGAAGAUUCUGGGUCCGAAGUAUUUUCCUCCUGGAUGGAGGGGAGAAGGUGGAAUUCAAUUUUGGGAGAAAAGAGAUACGCAGGUUCGGGCGAAGUUGUAG